AUGGCGCGCACCCUGCUCCUGGCGGCCCUGGCAGCCGCCCUGGCGGCCUGCGCCUGGGGCCUGACGGCGACAUUCGACCACGGCGUGGCCAGCGGCGACCCUCUGCCCGAUGGGAUCAUCAUCUGGACGCGCGUGACGCCCCGCGUGCGGGAAGACCGUGCGCCCGACAACUUCACGGUCGGCGUGGCGUGGUCCGUGUCCGAGGCGGCGGACCUCAGCGGCCCCGUGGCAGAGGGCAUGUUCGAGACCAACGGGACGCUCGACUGGACGGUCAAGGUGGACGUGAGGAACCUGAUUUCAAGCGUCCAGUACUACUACGGCUUCAACGUCAAUGGCGUGUCUUCCAAAGUCGGGACGUUCAGGCUCCCAAAGCCAGCAGGUGAAGCAAUGGAACAGCUGAAGUACGCACUGUUUGCAUGCGCAAACUGGGGCUUCGGCUAUUUCAACGCCUAUGAUCUGGCUAGCCGGUAUGAUCUGGACUUCCAUGUUCAUCUUGGAGACUUUAUUUACGAGUAUGGCUUGGAGAGGUCCCCAAAUGCCGAACAAGCUGUGCGGUUUGCUCAGCAACCUAAGGGUCUGACCCCGCCCCACGAAGCUGUCUCGCUGGACGACUACCGCAAGCGUUAUGCCCUGUACCGGGCCGACCCUGCACUCCAGUUGUUGUCUGCGAAAUCGGCUUUGAUCGCUGUUUGGGAUGACCACGAGAUCACCAACAACCCUUGGAUGGGAGGUGCUUCGAACCAUAAUCCUGAUGAGGGAGAGGGUGACUGGGUGGAAAGAUGGAUGGCAGCAGUGCAGGCGUACCAUGAGUGGAUGCCUAUCCGGUCAUACGACUCAGAAGGAGAGUUCAUCUCUAAGAGGAUCUACCGCUCAUUCCAGUUUGGCGACUUAGCAACAAUGAUAAUUAUCGAGACACGGUUGAUGGGCCGUACGAAACAGGAUGAGGGCGAAGAGGACUCUGCGCCCAAUACUGUUUUUGGCGCAACCGUAGGUGUUGUUGGCGGACUGGCUCCCGAGGAAUGGCAGGCAAACAAUGUCAGCAUCCAGCUGGAGCAAAUUCGUGACAGUGCAAAUGAAUUCAGGAGCAGGGACGGCAAGAAGAUUCUUGGCGAUAGUCAGCUCAGCUGGGUGCAG